GGCCGCUGAUGUUGAAGUGCAGGGAUAAUAAAAGUAAAUUUAAAGUGCUCGAUCGUUCAUUAUUCUUGAAACUAUGGCACUGAUCUUAAAGCCUCGUUAAGGAUAGAUAACAAAGUUAUGUCUAACGACCCUUCUGCUUAUAUACGACAUCGUAUUGGUGAUUUAUCACGAGUUCGACCAGGCCAGGGACAUUCUCUUGGUGCAAACUCUAUCCCAAAUGGAGAACAUAGAUCGAGGCCAAACGAGGCAGAAAGAAAACGGAAUUAUAAGCUUAUCAUUGAUCCAGUUUUAAAAGGAAGAGGACAUCAAAAAAUUUACAGAUUUGAUGGAGAAUUUGAUGGACAAGCGGCAGUGAUUCCCAAAGAUCCCAGGUCAAGAAGAACACGUCUUUGGUCGACAAGAACUAAAGCUGAUCUGCCUAUUCCAAAAUUUAAGAUCGAUAAAUUUUACGUUGGAAUUCCUCCUCAACGCGAUGUUAUCCUCACUGGACUCAACGAUAAUGUGGAUAAGAAAUUUCUGCAGGAUAUUUGUGAUAAAUUUGGCAAUAUCGAAGGAAUUAAGAUAUUUUACGAUCCGGUAACGAAGCGUCAUUCGGGAAAAGCCCGAGUUGGUUUUACAACAUCCGCUUCUGCAAAACUAGCUGUAGCAAAGCUCGAUGGCACAUCCAUCAUGGGCUGUAUUGUUCACGCUGAUUUUGAACACAAAGUUGAAGUGAAACACCUCCAAAAAUCACACCCACCAGCACGUCGCACAUCAGACCCUGUGAAUAAAACGCCACCAUCUAUUGAUCGUAUCCCAGGCCACCAUGUUAUACCUACCCCACCUCCGUCUAAUUCUUCUCCAUCAAAUAGUACACCUUCAACCCCUGGAUUAGGAUUAGCCGACCCCAGGAGACGUAACAGUGGCAGCGUAGCCUCCACAAGUGGUGAUAAACAUCAAGGUAGAUCACCGUCAACGUGGCCCACACCCCUAACACAACAAAACAAGGUGCCAGUGUUUGAACCAAUAUCUCCACCAUCUGAGAAACUUCCUCUCCCCCCUCCCCCCCCUCCGGAUGCCCCACCACCACCCCUCCCUGAAAAGUGCCGAACACCCUCACCAAUUCCAAGCACAACAAAACAAGACCGUUAUCAGAACAAAGAUUCAAAAUCCUUGUCUAAAGGUUCGAGGGAUUCUCAUAAAAGUCGCCAACAUGACGAGGCUGAAUGGCGGAGACGAGAUUGGCACUCGGGUCGAGAUCGUUAUGACUACGGUUCAUAUCGACGUUCAUCGACUGACGAGAGAGGAAGAGAUUCUAGAGAUUCGAGAUAUUCCUCAAAUCACAGAGAUUAUUACCCAAGGGAGAAGGAGAGAGAUAAUUAUACGAGAAACGAGCUGAGACGAUCUAGUUUUCGCGAGUCUGAAGGUAGACGAAGUCGUGACUCUGAUGAUAGUUAUGGCAGUGAAAAAAGCUCAAAGAGCUCAAAAGAUAUCUCCAAAGGCCGAUACGAUUAUGAGAAUAAAGACUCAGAGAGAACCAGAUCACCAAGACCUCGUUCUGAUGUGUACGAGAGAGAUAAAAGAGAUGCGAAGAAACCUGACAAGCAAAUCAACAAAUCUGAGGAAAUUUCUCAAAAGAAGGACAGAUUUAACAUUUCUGAUACGAAUUUAAACAAUGGCAAAGCCAGUGGGUCGCCAUUUAAUACAGACAGUCUUUCACUGAAGUCGUUGUCUCCAAGGACAGAGAAGCAGCUAGGUUUAGGCACAGAUGUGCUCGAGAACUUAGACAGCCAAAGCAGUGUUCAGGAGAAUUAUUUACCAAUGGUCGAGGAUAUCUCGCCUGUUUCCUCACCAACACAUCAUGAGCCAAUGAAUUAUGUUUCUCCGAACUGUAUCAACCCCCCAAUCCCCACCACACGCAUGCCCUCCCCGCAUGAUCAAAGACCUGUACGUAAGAAAUUGGAAGAUCAGAAUUUCCGAGGAAGUUUUGAAAAGAGCCACGGAAGAGUUGGCGAUCAUUUUGAAGAAAGAUGUCAACAAAAGACUGGUGAAAACUCAGCGUUUAAAGCUUUGGAAGGCUGGUGGGACAACACACAGAAAUUAAAGCUCAAAAAACCUUCCCCAUCGGAAACGACGACAGCGCCAUCAAACCAAACCCCAACCACGUCGUUAGCAACGGAUAUGACAUCACCUUUCACGUCAUCAUUCUCCACAACCAUGAGCCAGGGUGGAAUGCUGGGACUGCGUGCAUCCCUUCCCAAGAUGCCCUCGUUUCGUAAACGUCGCCCACCGAGCACAAGCGGAAGUGAUCUGUAUUCAAAACGGCAACGCACCGAAUCGAGGUCUGAGCGAGAACAAAAACGCAUCGUAACCGAUAGUGAUUCGGACGCUCCCGGAAAAUUGAAACGAAAACGUCAGGAUGAUUGGGUAAAUGAUGACGUAAGUGUCGGGUCUCCCUGGCAACCAGACGAUGACGUCGUUGAUGAACCACCGGCAACCAGUGUCAGGACAGAAGAGAAACACAGCAGUGUUGGUUCAACUCUUUAUACAAACAUCUACUCCAGUCUGAGUGAGUCAGAAAGUUCCCAGAGUGGCGACGAGAGUGGGUCUGAGGAGUCUGGGGAUGAUGAUAGUGAUUGGAACGGUAGUCAGAGAUCACACACUGACUCUGAAGAAGGCGACGAUGAGGAGACUGGGAAGGAUGCUGAAGACAUAUUUGAACGGAAAAUACCACAAACACCUCCAGGUACCCCGCCUAAAAGUCCACCAACAUCUCCUGCUGUCUCUGGAACACCCUCAAAUGCCUCAAUUACCCCUACCGCUAGCCCUAUCGAUGUUACCACUGUUGAUGACGAGGGUUCGAGAACGGAGGACACUAGUGGUUUAAAUAUGUUACCACAAGAUAAAGAGGGAAGUUUGGGGACACCUAUGAUUGAGGAAAGUGAACAGGAGAAAGCAGGGGAAGUGGGUAUUCUGACGAGUGAUGCGGGCGAAGAAGGGAUGAGUGAGGCUUCUAGUAUUGCCACACCACACAAACACAUUCCUGGAAAGGUUGAAUCAACGUCUGAAGAAUCCGCUGUAGACUUUAAAACUCCCCAGGUCACUCAGGGAGGCGAAGAACUGCCUGUUUCUAAGGAAACCCCGCCUGAACCUGUGGAAGAACCUGUUAUUGAACUCCCACCAGAGUUUCCUCUCCGAUCAUACUGGCAAGAUGAUCGUCUGGUCUAUGAUUUCUUGGUUUCUGGCCUGGAUUAUGAAGAUGCCAGUUAUAUGAAAAUUGGAUUCGAGAAUUUAUGUCAAGUUGGAUCAGACUCUGUAGCGAACGCGAGGUGGUCAUUUCAUCCCACUACGUCUCCUGGUGUGACGAAAGGAAGGAAUAAAAAGGUUGACAACUGCGGGGUUCGUAUUCUCGACUCGGGCAGUGCAAGAUGCGAAGGUUUUUAUAAAAUCAGUAUGAAGGAGAAGGCGAAAUAUCUUGAAGCCGCAAGAAGACAAGUUGAGGUGUCAGCGGCUGUUGUUAACAAGAAAGAUAAUGAGAAGGAAGCGAACAAAGCGAAACAACAAUCGCGAGAGAACAGAGCACUUCAGAGAAGGUUGGCUGCGUCCUUCCAGUUGGAAGAUUUUGGUGAUAUUCUCAAGUUUAACCAACUCAAGGUACGAAAGAAGAAGCUAACGUUUUGUAAAUCUCGAAUUCACGAUUGGGGAUUGUUUGCUCUGGAGCCUAUAGCUCGGGAUGAGAUGGUUAUCGAAUAUGUUGGUGAAGUCGUACGACAAGCGAUCGCCGACGAUCGAGAGAAACGUUACGAACGUCUUGGCAUCGGCAGUAGCUAUCUAUUCCGAGUUGAUUCCGACACGAUCAUCGAUGCAACAAAAUAUGGAAAUCUCGCCCGAUUUAUAAACCAUUGUUGUGAUCCAAACUGCUAUGCUAAAGUGGUAACGUUUGAGUCGGAGAAGAAAAUCGUGAUAUAUUCAAAACGGGACAUUGCCGUGAAUGAAGAGAUCACGUACGAUUACAAGUUCCCCAUCGAGGACGAGAAGAUUCCAUGUUUGUGUGGAGCUGCGCAGUGCCGAGGCACUUUAAACUGAGAUACUUCAUGCAGGGUAAUGCAAUCAUUCGUAGCACGACGCCAUCUUUGUCGUAACUCGUCAGCGUCUCGUGAUCGCCCGUAGCUUACGAAGCCGUCUUCCCUAUACGAGUCUAGCAAGGAUACUGUAAGAUCUUAUGAAUGCCUAAGAAAGUUGAUCGUUUUAGGCGAUGAAAUUUUAUACAAAUAUUAAUCUCUUAUAAACAACUAAUGAAUCUAUUCGCAAAUGCAGAAUAUUCUCUCUACAGGCAAGUUUCGUUAUCAAGAAAAAAUAGCUAUUAUCGUGUUUAGAAAGUUUAUAGUUUAAAGGUAAGCUAUAAAAUCUUUGGAUCAGACAAAGUUUCUGAAAAAUAUUUCCUAAAAACACGUUAGUUGUGGAAUCUCACCCUGCUACAAGUUCAAAACUACGCACAAUAUAUAUAUUUCUAUACUUAUGUUUUUACAUGAUAGAAUUGCGCUUGUAAAUUGCAUUAAAGGUUGCAUCAUGUGAGAUGAACUGUACUCCAUGAUGGUUACUCUCGUUUGUACACGAUGGUAUGAUAACAGUUGUAAUGUUCUUAUGGCGUCUACCUUCUAGAACUCCAAAAACUAUUUUGCUGUAUCUCAGAAUUUUCACAAUGAUUGUAAAUAUAUCUUUUGU